AUGGAAUCCCAAUUGUCCACGAUUGACCUCCUGAUGGCGAUGUUUCCGUCUUCAGACGAGCUGGAGAUUCCCGAAUCCACAACGCAGUGUGUCGAGAAACUCCGUCACUGGUGCGAGAAUCCCACCUCCACACCCCCUAGGAUCCCUUCAAGUAUCUCUCUUACCGUUUGCCUACCAAUUGCAGAGGGAGACAAAACAAUAAACGUCAACAUCUCCGUGCCACUGCAAUGUGAUAAUCCAGAGAUACUGGACGAAGCACCACCAUUGGGAUAUUCGCUUCGGCAACCAGAGUGGAUGUCCAGAGCCGAAGUUGCUGGACUCACCGCCUCAAUACCACAAGGUGAUGAUGCUUUAGAGGUAUUCGAAUACAUCCAAGCAGAAACCAGCCGCUUUCUUGAAAGCAAGCAGUCUCAGACAGUCACCCCAGAAGACACAGACAGAGGACCAACUGUGCGAGUCUGGUUCUAUUUCCCGUCCCUGUCAACCCGUAAAAAGAGGGAUGAUAUGGUCAAUCUCGCACCGGGAUAUGGUCUGACAGGCUUCGUGCUGGCGGGGAAGCCGGGCGUAUUGUGUCUUGAGGGUGCAUCGCCUGACAUCGACUCAUAUAUGAGUUUCAUCAAGACACAUUCCUGGGGUGAUAUCCCCAGUCACCAAAAGAAAGUCAGCGAGAGGUUUCGAGAGACAAAGGGUGUUGAGAGAGUAUUUUCCGAAAUGGAGGAAAUUACGGACUCGCUGGGAGAGCGAGGUGGCCAGAGGGCCAAUCGAGGUGAUAUGCAAGCGCUGGAGGCGUGGCUAGGGAGUAGAGGACUACAGGAAGCAUUUGAAAAAGUUAUAUUCUAA